GUAUCAAUUGCAACGUCAACCAUGAGUGUUUCAGGUCGUUCGAAAUCCUUUACUCCACCCAGAAUUAACUUUGAAAAACCAAUGUUGAAACGUGAAAGUUCGGUAGAUUUGAGGAAAGUCUUCUCAGAAAAUACUGAAGAAUUUUGUACACAUUCUACAUUGCAUGGCCUGAAAUAUGUUGUCGAUGAGCAUUUGUAUCCUGCUGAAAGGAUAUUUUUUGCCUUGUCAUUUGUUCUGGUCGUGUUUGUAUCGGUUUUCUUUAUACGCGAUGUCUAUUCAAAAUGGCGUUCAACACCUGUGAUAGUGGGUCUAAGUCCGGAGCCUAGUUUCAUAGUCAAUGAACCCUUUCCCGCGGUGACUUUGUGUAAUUUGAAUCAAGCUUCCAAAAAGAGGGCUAUGCAAUACAAAGAAGAUUCCAGUGAAUAUGCCAUGCUACAAAUGCUUUGCCAGAAUGAUGUUAAUAUGACCAUAGCUUCAGGAAUUAAUUGGAAUACAUUUGAACAAUUUAUAAUUAAUAUAUCACAACCCUGCGAAGAAAUGAUAAUUGGCUGCAAUUUUGGAGCUUUGGACUACAACUGCAAAGAAAUUUUUCGUACCAUAGUAACCGAUGAGGGGCUAUGUUGCGUCUUUAAUAAACUGCAUCCAAAAUUUAUGUACAAAAGCAGAAAACGCAGUGAUGGCUACAUGGAUGAUGCUGUGCCAGUGAACUGGAAUCCUGAAACUGGCUAUCCUGCCAAAUUGCCUGCAAAAUUUUAUCCUCGCAAAUCAGUUGGCACUGGUCAGACUUUGGGCUUGAGUCUUACCUUUGAUGUGGACAUCAAUGACUACUACUGUUCUUCGGCUUCAAGUGUGGGCAUUAAAAUGGCCUUGCAUAGUCCAGCAGAAAUGCCUCAUGUACGAGAAAUUGGCACACUUUUACCAGCUGGGAGUGAAACUAAAAUUCGCAUACGUCCCGAUAAGACAGAGGCUGCAUUUAAUCUGAAACCUAUAAAUCGAAAAUAUCGCCAAUGCCUUUUUAAUGGUGAGAAACAAUUGGAUUAUUUUACACACUACAAUCGGCGUAAUUGUGAAAUGGAGUGCAAUGCUCGCCAAUUAUUGGAUCAUUGUGGUUGCCUGGCCUAUUACAUGCCUUUGAUAGAUGGUAAAGCCCGAAUAUGUGGCAUUUUGGAUACCUCAUGCAUAGAUCAGGUCAUACGCAAUACAAUGAAUAAAUCGGAUACAGCCAAAGAGGAUUGUCAACAUCUCUGUUGGCCAAGUUGUUAUGAUUUGAAUUUUUACAGCGACUUCUUUUCGGCUCCCAUCUCACAUGAGGGCUUUGAAGUGGCCAAUAAGCUGAUAAAGAAUGCAACCAGCGAAUAUGCUGAAAAGAGUAUGGCAGUGGCUCAUUUCUAUUUUACGGAUAAUGCAUAUCGCAGCACAAGGCAGACCGAAUUUGUGGGCAUAACGGACUUUUUGUCCAGUGUCGGAGGUUUAAUGGGUCUCUUUAUGGGCUUCAGUUUCAUAUCAAUUGCAGAAUUCAUCUACUACGCCAUACUGCGUCCUUAUCACAAAAUCAAACGACAUGAGCGUGUCACCCAAAGCAAUCCGAAGCCACAGCCCACAAGAAAUUAUCAGUUGCGAUUUGUAAGACCCAACUCUAACAAGCGUCCCGAUUAUCACAUUCCCGAACAUUUACUCAACUCAACAAAGCUUCAACUCUUUCCACCUCAAAACACGGGACGUCGAUACAGCGAACACUCCAAUCAAUUAAAUCAAGAUCAACAAUGGAGUAGGGAUAAUAAGUGUUUCUUUGGCUUCUCUAUAAUAACUGUUAUAGUGGCUGCAGCUUAUUUAAUCCUUCGUAUCUAUGACAAAUGGGCCACAACACCUGUCAUUGUUGGCAUAAAUCCUGAACCGACUUUUAUAACCGAUGAACCCUUUCCGGCAGUUACUAUUUGUAAUUUGAAUCAAGCUCUCAAUAGUUUGGCUGAAUCUUUCUCAAAGAACUCUACGGAAUAUACCAUGCUACAGUUGAUAUGUAAACGUGAUGUUGAUCAGACAAUGUUCAAGUCCAUUACAAAUUGGAGUCAUGUUGAGAAAUUUAUACUCAAUAUUUCCCAACCAUGCGAGCAUAUGUUUCUCCAUUGCCGUUUUGGUGGAAUCGAUUACGAUUGCAGUGAAAUGUUUUAUCCUGUAGUCACAGAUGAAGGAUUCUGUUGCACAUUCAAUAUGUUGCAUCCGAAAUUUAUGUAUGUCUCACACAUUCCCUCAUCCUUCCCCAAUGUUUCGAAACCAUAUGGUCCCACAGAAAUCGAUUGGAAUUCCGAGCUUGGAUAUGCCCAUAAUUUACCACUACGUUACUCUCCCAGUAAAAUCCCUGGAGUGGGAGAAUCUUUGGGUCUCUCAGUGUCUGUAGAUGUGCAAGAGGACAAAUACUACUGUUCUUCAUCGAAUAGUAUUGGUUUCAAAUUUUCCAUUCACAGUCCCAAUGAGACACCAAAUAUACACGAGAGUGGUGUUUUUGUGCAACCGGGCAAAGAGACCAAUAUGCGCUUAAGGCCCGAAAAAACGGAAUCAGACAAAACUUUGCGCACAAUGUCUAGGAGUUUGCGGAAAUGUCUUUUUCACAAUGAGCGCAAGUUGAAAUUUUUCUCUCAUUAUUCACAGCGAAAUUGUGAAAUGGAAUGCGUGGCGGAAAUGUCCUGGCGAUAUUGUGGCUGUCUCAAUUUUUAUAUGCCCAAGAUCUACAGCAAUGCCAGUGUGUGUAGCAUUAAUCAGACCAAAUGUGAGCAGGCAGUACGUUUGGGUAUGUACAACAGUAAGACCUCAUGCUUUGAUGACUGCUUGCCGGGAUGCUUUGAGAUGGAUUAUGAUGUGGAUGCAUUUUCGACAAAAUUGGCUCAUACUGGUAUGAUUUUUGCCAAUCGGAAUAUAGCUAAACUGAAGCGUGCCUAUGUGGUCAAGAAUGUGGCCAUUGUGCAUAUGUUCUUCAGUGGCAAUACAUUUCGUAGCAAUUUACAAACGGAAUUUUUUGAUAUAUCGGAUUUCUUUUCUAGUGUGGGCGGUCUUAUGGGUUUAUUUCUGGGCUUUAGUUUUCUUUCCAUAGCCGAGUGCAUCUACUAUGCUGUAAUACAUCCCUGCCGAGCCGUACGCAAAUACCACUUGGCUAUGGAGAAGAAGAAACGCCGAAUAUAUCCUCUUUUGGAGCGUUCGAAAAAUAAACGUCUUAUUUUCAAAAAUCAUUACAAAAAACUGCUGAUCAUUCAGAAUGAGGCAAUGUUAGCAAGAAAGCCCUUUUCUGGUCAACUCAUAAAGCUUAAGAAGUUCAAUAUUUUUAGUGAAAAGUAUAAAGAUUUAAAAUUAAAAGAGAUUUUAGCACAAAAUACUGAAGAAUUUUGUCGCCAGACUACAUUGCAUGGUUUGAAAUAUGUGGGUGAUAAUGAGCUAAAACUGCAUGAAAGAUGUUUUUUUGGCUUUUCCAUUGUAACCGUUAUUGUUGCGGCCAUAUAUCUAACAGGUCAUGUCUACGACAAAUGGUCAAAUACACCGGUUAUUGUUGGCAUUAAUCCUGAACCGACUUUGAUUAUCAACGAACCAUUCCCAGCAGUCACUAUAUGUAACCUGAACCAGGCUUUGAAUGAUGUUGCAAACAAGUUCUCUAGUUACUGUUCCCUUUUUCUUUUUUAUUCUUCUUAUUUUUUUUCCAGGAAUUCCACGGAAUACACCAUGUUGCGAUUGUUAUGCAGACGCAAGGUUAAUGCUACGGUGGUGAAAUCAGUAACAAAUUGGAAUCAUGUGGAAAGGUUUGUCAUCAAUAUUUCUCAACCUUGUGAGGAUAUGCUUAUUGGUUGUCGUUUUGGAGGACAACCUUUUAAUUGUAGCGAAUUGUUUGUACCUUUGGUUACCGAUGAAGGCUUUUGUUGCACAUUCAACAUGUUGCAUCCAAAGUAUAUGUAUAUUUCACACUUGCCCUUGGCCCAUUGGAAUGUGACAAAAAGUACAAAAUACCAGGAAAUCGAUUGGUUUUCGGAAAAAGGAUAUCCCAAAGAGUUACCCGAAGAUUAUUAUCCAAGUAAAACUCUUGGCGUUGGAAGAUCCCUGGGAUUAUCGGUGAUUUUGGAUGUGCAACAGGGCAAAUACUAUUGUUCCUCAUCGAGCAGCAUUGGCUUCAAGGUAGCUCUGCAUAGUCCCAACGAAACUCCAAAUGUACGUGAGACCGGCGUCUUCAUAGAACCAGGCAAGGAGACUAAACUGCGCAUAAGACCCGAGAAGACAGAAUCCGAAUUAAAUGUCAGAAAUAUCAAUAGGAGAUAUCGUCAUUGCCUGUUUCACAAUGAGGGAGGAUUGAAAUAUUUUGCCCAUUAUACGCAGCGCAAUUGUGAGAUGGAAUGUGUGGCUGAAAUGUCUUUGAACUAUUGUGGAUGCUUGAGUUUCUUCAUGCCAAAGAUUGAAAAUAAUGCCACGGUGUGCAGCAUCAAUGAGGCAUCGUGUGAGGAGGCAGUGCGCUUGGGUACCUAUGACAUGAGUACUUCCUGUUUGGAUGAUUGCCUACCGGCUUGCUUUGAGAUGAACUAUCAAAUGGAGGCAUUUGCCACCAGAUUGGCAAGCAGAGCCUGUGUAUUCUCCGAUAGGACAUUGGCCAAGAAGAAUAGUACCUAUGUGGCUAACAAUGUGGCGGUGGUACAUAUGUAUUUUAAGGAGAACUCGUUUAGAAGUCAAAUAAAAACUGAAUUUAUAGGGGUUUCGAAUUUUUUGUCUAGCAUUGGUGGUCUGAUGAGCUUAUUUUUGGGUUUCAGUUUUCUUUCCAUUGCUGAAUGUCUCUACUAUGGAAUUAUACGUCCUUGGCGUUCAGUACGUAAAUAUCAAAAGCUUUUUGAUGACGUGGAAAAUGUCUCUUGGGAUCCACCUACUUUAAGGAUCAAAUCCAAGACUAAGCGUAAUAACAGCUUACGAAAAGUUUUGCAGACAUAUCCAAGGGGUCCGAAGCCGUUAUUUGAGAAGAAAUCUAAGGCUCUUCCCUAUUCGCUUACCUAUUGAUAUGGAACCACAAUUUUCCGGGCCGAAGGAUAUUUGAAAUUAAUAUUUAAUUAAAUUAUAUUUUUAUUAAUUUCUCUCUACUUGUAAAGUUUUAAAGGCACCAUAAUAAA